AUGACGGCGAGGAUGGCUUCAGAAACCCUGAAGCUUUCACCAUAUCAGGAACUUCCUGAUGAUACUCACUACUCUUUUCCCAUAAAUAUACUUCAAAUAGAUCGAUCUUCACAAUUUGUUUUCUUAAAUACUUGA